UUUUUCUUUUUCUUCUUCUCUCUCUUUGUUUUUUGUAACAUGUUGUCUGCACAACCCGCCUAUGCUCUUGCAAGAGCUACAUUUAAGCGUGCUCAACGUGGUCUUUUUGGCGGAAAGCAUAUUCAAUUUGGUAACAAUAACCCCUUUUCAAAGAAAAAGACUAGACGCAACUGGUUGCCCAACGUUCAAACCAAAAACUUGUAUUCUGAAUCUCUUUCUGAAUUUAUCAAAGUUAAAGUCACAACCUCUGUUUUACGUACUAUUGAUAAGAAGGGUGGUUUGGACAAGUACCUUUUAGAGACCAAAGACAAAAAUUUAUUUAGUGAAAAGGCAGCCGAGUUAAAGAACAAGAUUAUCAAUCACAACAAAUAUCAAGCUAGAAAAGUGAAGCAAUCAUCAUCACCAACAACAACAACAGCAACAACAACCGAAGCAUCAACAUCAGCAUAAAUAUUUUUUUGUAAAUUAAGAGAAUAAAAAAAAAAGCGACAGUGUGACGCGCUUAGAAAGUU